AUGGGUCCCAGACGGGAAUCCUCACAGAGGGAUAUCCCAGGACUCCAAGCAAAGGACAGACUGUCUGCUGUCCGGGUGCAGUUCAUUAAUGGAGUCUCUGAUUCUGUGCUGAACCAGCUGCUGGAUAAACUCCUUCAGCACGGUGCUAUGAUUAAUGAGGAGAUGCAGACAGCAAAGACGAAGUCCAGAGCAGAGAAAGCUCCAGAUACCUGUAACAUGCUUCUUCAGCCGAUAGCGUUUUUUGCUGUCCAGCACAUCGAGCGGGGAGUCAGAGUCCCCAUCCAUGUCGCCAUGGCCACGAGCAGACGAGUCAUCCGGCUCACUGUCAGGGCUGACCUGCAGCAGCUCCACAUCCCGCCCAGCAGCACUCUCUGCAGCCUGCUCUGGCCUCCCCAGGUCAUCCACCCUCUGCCCUGUCCUGACCACCGCCUCUUCCUCACCCACAUUACCCUCAGUCCCAGCUACGGGGCCACUAUCACCACCACCAUCAGCCCCAACCACUAA